GAGAAAACAUCUAAAACACAGUUUCUGAGAUAUAUUAGACUCUCCACUGUGUCAAGAGCGCAUGGGUAGGAACCUUUCCCCCUGAAUUUCCCUUCAACCGGCCAUCCAAUUCAGCUUCAACCUACUUCUGUGACUCUCUGUAUCACCUCUGAUAUCGACCCGAGUACAAUGGAGACAGAGUCCUUUUCUUGCUCGCACCCAGGCUGUGGACGAGCCUACCGGCGAAAGGAACAUCUCAAACGACACCUCGCCACCCAUCUUCCACCUUCUGCCGCAGCUUGUCCAUUCUGUGACAAGAGCUUCUCUCGCAACGACACCCUCCGUCACCACGUCCGUCACAAUCACAGCGACAAAACACUGAAUCCUUCCAGAACCCUCAAGGCCUGCGAUUACUGCCGGUCUCGCAGGACCCGCUGUGACGGAAACGCUCCGUGUACACCAUGUCAGCAACGGGGGAUACAAUGUUCCCUGCAAAGUCAUCAAGUCAGACAGGUUGUUCAUGUGGAUCCUUCUGCAACUGUAAAGGUAUCUGCAAUCACAGUUCCCCCCCAGGAUCCAUCGGUACCCGGCCAAGGUCCCAUCGAUACCCGUCCCUACCUCGAAGCGUACUUCUCUAAAUUCCACCCCGUCUGGCCCUUCGUGCACCGCGCCACCUUCUACAUGGUCCACGAGCCCCCGUUCCUCCUACAAUCCAUCACGAUGAUCGGGCUCUGGGUCACCGGAGACGCGAAGUCACAGCAAGCCGCAGUCGAGCUGCACAAACGGUUGAGCCUUUCCAUUUACGAGCAAAGAGGAAAAUGGCAAACCACAGGCCCCUCCCGCAACCACCAACCGUGGCCAAUAGCCACCUACCAAGGCAUCCUCCUCAACAUCAUCUUCGCGCUGAUCUCCGCUCCCCCAGACCCCCUCGACCUGCAACUCACCCGCAAACUGCCAUCGCUGCAGUUAAAACUCCUUCUCGCGCUCAUCAAAACCUGCCGCGCAAAGGACAUGUUCUCGUACUCCACGAUGCGUGCUCAUUUCGCACAGGACACCGUGCUAGACGUGUACAUCUGGCUUGGCAUCGAGGAAGUCAAGCGCUUCGCGCUGGCGCUGUACAAGGUGUGUACGAUGGUUCGAGUGGAUGUACAUGAGCCUCAGGACCAUCCAUUCGACCCCAACCUUCUCUCGUUAGCGGAGCUGCGAUUUGCCAUGCCCGAGCGGGACGGGUUGUGGGACGUGGGCUCGGACUUAGCGGAGUGGCUGGAGAGGGAGCAUGUGAGCGACCACGGCGAGAGGAAUCGCGAGGUGGAUUGGAUUUCGAAUGCGGCGAGGGUACUGCACAGGGGGGGGGGUUGGGUUGGUUUAAUUCCUUUCGGGUUUCCUGGGGCUCCUGCGGGGAUCUUUACGUUGAAGCGGCAGUGUGAGGGUCCAACCUAACCGCGGGUCGCCGUGAUGUCGCCAACUAAGCAGGACACAGAAAAUGCGUGCGUGUUAUGUCCCCUCAAGGGUGCAUGACAUAUGGCGUGUAUAGUAGUCUCCAUCAGAG